UUUCAUCAUUAACUGAAGAAAAUCUUUGCCAUUGAAAGUGAAAUUUACAGUAACAAGCAACCAGCAACUUAAUGGGCAACAGAUAAAAGUGGAAGGCAAAGAGGUUCAUUAGGUACACAGAGCGGAGAAGGAGAACUUGAAAGCAAGAGAACGUUGAGAUAAAAAAUGAAGUGGUUGAGGAAAAACAGGAAUGCAGUAUGAGUUUGGGGGGGAUAUCCUCGUAUAUUUUUUAUUUUUUGGAGUUUUUGAACCAAUCGGAGAGUUGUAUACAGGGGACAACUGCUUAUUCUAUAUGGAGGCCUUAUAAUGGGAGCCUAAACAUGCAAUAUUGAGCACUUGCACCCCACUAAGCGAGAAACUUAUGGCCAUUCACGAAUCACUUUUACUGGGACUUCUAGUUCUGCUAACUCUGUUGGAUACCAUUCAAAGUGACCACCAUGUCUCGACCUCUCUCAACCGUUGUAGCUUUCCCCAAGGCUUUGUUUUUGGGACCGCAACAGCAGCUUACCAGGUUGAAGGUGCUGUAGAUGAAGGUGGCAGAGGCCCAAGUAUAUGGGAUGAUUUUACGCACAAGUGGCCUGAAAGGAUAGCUGGCAAGGGCAAUGGAGAUAAAGCUGUUGAUUUUUAUCAUCGCUAUAAGGAAGAUAUUAAAGAAAUGAAGGAAAUGAACAUGGAUGCUUUCAGGUUCUCCAUCUCAUGGACUAGAAUUUUACCAUAUGGUAAGCUUCAUAAAGGAAUCAACAAGGAAGGGGUCAAAUUUUACAACAAUCUCAUCAAUGAUCUCCUAGCAAAUGAUCUUGAGCCCUUUGUAACUAUCUUUCACUGGGAUCUUCCUCAAGCUUUAGAAGAAGAAUAUGAAGGCUUUAGAAGCCACCAUAUUGUGGCUGAUUUCCGCAAUUUUGCAAGGCUUUGCUUCCAAUUAUUUGGUGAUAGAGUAAAGUACUGGAUGACUUUAAAUGAACCAGGGACCUAUAGUGUCAACGGUUAUCAUGUAGGUAACUUUGCACCAGGUCGAUGUUCAAAAUGGGUGAAUGCAGCCUGCAAAGAUGGGAACUCUAGCACUGAGCCAUACGUUGUUGGCUAUCACUUGCUUCUUUCUCAUGCAGCCGCUGUAAAAGAAUAUAGAAAAUAUUACCAGAGACAUCAGAAAGGCAAGAUUGGUAUAGUACUCAGUUCUAUAUGGGCAGUACCUUUCUCUGAGAGUGAAGCUGAUCGUGAAGCAGCAAAAAGAAAGCUUGAUUUCACGUUGGGUUGGUUUUUGAAUCCUAUAACCUAUGGUGACUACCCAGAGAAUAUGUGGACUUAUGUUAAAGAUCGAUUGCCUCGUUUCACUAGAAAGCAGUCUCAAAUGCUAAAAGGGUCUUAUGAUUUUCUGGGAAUCAAUUAUUACUCUGGACGCUAUGCAGCUAAUAAAAAAAUUGUUGAUCCGUGGUAUCUCAGUUAUGGGAAUGACUCGCAUGUUGAAAUGAGGGACCAACGAAAUGGAGUACCUAUUGGCCCACCGUCUGCUUCAGACUGGCUCUUUGUUUAUCCGGAGGGUAUUAGAGAUCUCCUCAAAUAUAUAAAAGAUACAUACAACAGGCCAACAAUCUAUAUUUCGGAGAAUGGUAAGGCAAAUAACUAAUUUAUUUUGUUUUGU